CUAGUCACUGUAGUCAGACAGAAACACACAGCACAGCUUUCCUGACAAGCCGUGUCGUGCCGGGUUCCUGCCUGCACCACACAUGCACACACUCCUACACCUGAACAUUCCACACAGAAGUACCUGGAUACGAACUGCGCGGCUGUGAACUAUAAAUACCCAAGAAUUAUCGAUGAUUAUACCUAGUGUCAGAUAAACAGCUUAACCUUAUAGAGAUAAACGUUAUCUUAUUGUGAACAUCCUUCGGCGCUAGGGGAAUCAAGUGGUUAUCUCCUUGGUGGCUGUGUUAUCUGGCGUGAUGAGGCUGUUCGGAUGGGAGACCGCGUUCGGCAACGGUUCCAGCGGCAGUGGCCCAGACUCUCUGGAAUCAGAAGGAGGUGUUGACGCUAACAUGGAGCUCACGCCGGAGAGAAAGGAGGCAAUCUCUCAGCUGAGGGAGCGGGUGGCGCCCCUGCUGCCGCCAGACCAGCAGCACGACCACGCCUUGCUGCAGUGGCUGACUGCGCGGAGCUUCAAUGUGGACAAGGCUGAGCAAAUGUUGAAGAAGAGCCUGGAGUGGCGGCGGGAGUGGGAGGCAGACAGUGUGCUGGAGUGGGAGGUGCCUGAGGUGCUGGCGAAGUACUACCCAGUGGGCAUGGCUGGCCACGACAAGACAGGAUGCCCCGUGUGGGUGAUCCCCUACGGCGGGUGUGACAUGCGGGGGCUGCUGUCCAGCGUCAAGAAGGCAGACUACAUUCGCUACACCAUUCGAGUACUGGAGGCGUCACGGCGAGACAUGCAGCAGCAGACUCAGCAGCUUGGCCAGCCAGUUAACCAGCAGUGCUGCAUCUUUGAUCUUGACAAUUUCUCUCUCAAACAUGUCACAUGGAAGCCUGCAAUGGACGUCAUCCUGGAAUUGGUGCAGCUGUAUGAGGCAAACUACCCAGAAUUCCUCAAGUGUGCCUAUGUCAUCAAUGCCCCCAAAGUGUUCACACUGGCCUACGCUCUCAUCAAGCCCUUCCUGCAUGAGGUGACCCUCAAGAAGAUCAAGAUAUUCGGACAGAGUGGGUGGAAGGAGGUGCUGCGGCAGGACAUUAACCCUGACCAGCUGCCUCAGCACUGGGGCGGCUCACGCACUGAUCCAGACGGCAACCCCAAAUGUCCCUCCCAGAUCUGCCUGGGAGGAGAGGUGCCAAAGAAGUACUACCUCAGCCUCAGCAAGAGCAACCUUUCCAAACUCACAGAGAAUGACAACCUGAGUUCCAUCACACUCAGCAAAGGAGGCAAGAAGAGACUAAAAUAUGAAGUAAAGAAGCCUGGAUCCCACCUCAGGUGGGAAUUCAGAACAGAGGACUUUGACAUUGGCUUUGGUGUGUCAAGAAAAGUGAAGAAGGGUGAAGAGGAAGUGUUGGUGCCUCUACAGAGAGUGAAUUCCCAGCUGGUGACAGAGGAGGGAUACCUGGUGUGCACUGAGCCAGGCACCUACGUGGUAACGUUUGACAAUGAGUUCAGCUACAUGCGCUCCAAGAAGGUCCUGUACUCAGUCAGUGUGGUGAAGCCAGACAACCUGACGGAGGAGUGACACGACGCCCCGGAGUCACCACUGGACGCCUCUUAACACUUGCCAAACCACUUCUCUCUCAGUGAAAUGGUGAACCACUUGCCAAACAAACCGUUCUUUCCACGUUGAAAUUAUUGGGUAGCAGUGACGGUCAUGAACACAAAUGUAACAAAAGAAUCCUCUAAGAACAAACUUGUACAUAAUUUAUACUCCUUAAUGUGUCUCUGUUUUUCUUCCUUUUCACUUUCUUUCUUGAAAUGUAUAAAUACUAUGAUCCCUUAUAUAUCUUUUCGUCUAUCUACUUUCUCUCUUAACUCUCUCUCUCUCUCUUUAAAUAUAUACACUUUGUACAUAAUUUUCUUUUUCUUUUAAUAUUCAGACGUUUGAAGCAAUUUAUCAUCUAUACUUAAGUGUGUGUGUGUGUAUGUCUUUGGAUGUGUGUACUCCAGGCACUGUGAGGAACCAGGACAUUGUGUGCCUUUACUUCUUCCUUUGUCAGUCUCAGGACAUUUCUUGGUGUUCUUGUCUGUGAUGUUUCUAUGACCCCAACAUGUGAUAAAGCUUCAAAUUAUGUUUUUAUAAGAGACUACUCAAAGCUUCAAAUUAUGUUUUUAUAAGAGAUUACUCAUCAGGAUAUUUCAAGCUGCAGCAUUUAUAUGUGUACGUCUCUGUUAGGGCAUUAGUAGUAGUUGUCAGGAUGUGCAAGUCAGUACAUAUGUAGUUAGUGUAUGUGGUUUGUUUCAAGACUAUGAGCCGUGGAGCUUGCUUAUUUUUGGGUAUAUUUUUGCUAAACUUUCUACCACUUUUUGCACAACUUGUUGCCUUGACUGAAGGGUAACACUAACAUAUUAACAUUUCUAACCAUCAGUAUUAAUGUUAGUUGUACAUACACUAUGUAAAAUUACCCUGUAGCAAGAGACUGAGAUGUUCUAUACAGAAGUGUAAUUUUUUGCCGAUUUUAGAAUGCCCAAAUAAUAGUAAGUUUACUACAUACCUUUUUCAAUAUUUUAAAAUUUUAUGAAGUCUUGGAAUUAUCUGAGUGCACACAAUUUAUUUUUCGUCUUUCCUUUUCUUUUUAGCUUCUUUCAAUGGUUUCCAUUAAUGUUUGGCCUCCGUGUUUGUUUUCUAGUAGGUGUGAACAGCAUCCUUGUGGCAUUGGCAUGGCCUGCUGUCUCUCCACACUUCCACACUGUUGAGGUGAACUACCUCUGAGGGCAUGUUCAACAUAAAUGAUAAACUCCCCCACUUUUCUUUGGUUGGUGAAUCUUGUAGGUUACCAUCAUUGCUUGUGACUUGUGAUCAUCUGUUAUAAAGAAUGCAAUUGGUUGCUGGUUACUUGCAGGAAACUUUCACACUCCAAGCCAGUGUUUGGUAUCAAAGUUUUCUUUGAUACCAAACUGCAAAACUUUAUAUAUAAGCAAGCCAUUCUAAGGGUCAAGAAAAGAGUGCUCCUGAGUUCACUUUGGAAGGGCCAGAAGUUGUUUUUUCUUUAAGCUUUGUGGCUGAUGUUACAUUUUCUCACAAAACAUGUCUAGGUAAGUUUAAGUUUCUCUGCAAAUACAUGCCCAUCCAGAUGAUAAGAGACCAUCACCAGGCUGUUGCUGCUGCUGCUGCAGCAUUCUGGUGUCUGGUGGUACCCAAUGGUCUCAGUGCCAGGCAGACACAGUGUUGGUCAUUGCCUCAACACAGCACCAGCACACAAAGGACAAGGACUGGAGAAUUAUUUUAGGCCAAAGAGAAUGUGUACAGUAAAAACAACUUAAUGCUGAAUUAAAAUCCAAAAUAAAAUAUUUUCUAUCAAA